UUACAUCAGAGAAUUCAUGUUGGAGAAAACCCUUAUGAAUGCAAUGUCUGUGGGAAAGGUUUCCAUCAUAGGUCAAAACUUAACAUACAUCAGAGGGCACAUACUAGAAAAAAUCCUUAUCAAUGCAAUGACUGUGGGAAAAUGUUUAUUAAUGACUCAAAACUUAUUUUACAUCAGAGGAUUCAUAUUGGUGAGAAACCUUUUAAAUGUAAUGAUUGUGGGAAAGUCUUCAGUCAUAGGUCAAAAUUUAUUAUACACCAGAGAAUUCAUACUGGUGAGAAGCCUUUUAAAUGUCAUGAUUGUGGGAAGGCCUUUAAUCAGAAUUCCCACCUCCUUCAACACCAGAGAAUUCAUACUGGUGAGAAGCCAUUUAAAUGUGAUGAUUGUGGGAAGGCCUUUAAUCAGAAUUCCAACCUCCAUCAACACCAGAGAAUUCAUACUGGUGAGAAGCCAUUUAAAUGUAAUGAUUGUGGGAAGGCCUUUAAUCAGAUUUCCCACCUCCUUCAACACCAGAGAAUUCAUACUGGUGAGAAGCCAUUUCAAUGUCAUGAUUGUGGGAAGGCCUUUAAUCAGAAUUCCAACCUCCAUCAACACCAGAGAAUUCAUACUGGUGAGAAGCCUUUUAAAUGUAAUGAUUGUGAGAAGGCAUUUAAUCGGAGUUCCACCCUCCUUAAACACCAGAGAAUUCAUACUGGUGAGAAGCCAUUUCAAUGUCAUGAUUGUGGGAAGGCCUUUAAUCAGAAUUCCCACCUCCUUCAGCACCAGAGAAUUCAUACUGGUGAGAAGCCAUUUCAAUGUCAUGAUUGUGGGAAGGCCUUUAAUCAGAAUUCCCACCUCCUUCAACAUCAGAGAAUUCAUACUGGUGAGAAGCCAUUUCAAUGUCAUGAUUGUGGGAAGGCCUUUAAUCAGAGUUCUCACCUCCUUUAACACCAAAGAAUUCAUACUAAUGAGAUGCCAUUUAAAUGUAAUGAUUGUGGAAAGGCCUUUAAUCAGAGUUUCCACCUCCUUCAACACCAGAGAAUUCAUACUGCUGAGAAGUCAUUUCAAUGUCAUGAUUGUGGGAAAGUCUUCAGUCAUAGGUCAAAAUUUAUUAUACACCAGAGAAUUCAUACUGGUGAGAAGCCUUUUAAAUGUCAUGAUUGUGGGAAGGCCUUUAAUCAGAAUUCCCACCUCCUUCAACACCGGAGAAUUCAUACUGGUGAGAAGCCAUUUAAAUGUGAUGAUUGUGGGAAGGCCUUUAAUCAGAAUUCCAACCUCCAUCAACACCAGAGAAUUCAUACUGGUGAGAAGCCAUUUAAAUGUAAUGAUUGUGGGAAGGCCUUUAUUCAGAUUUCCCACCUCCUUCAACACCAGAGAAUUCAUACUGGUGAGAAUCCAUUUCUAUGUCAUGAUUGUGGGAAGGCCUUUAAUCAGAAUUCCAACCUCCAUCAACACCAGAGAAUUCAUACUGGUGAGAAGCCUUUUAAAUGUAAUGAUUGUGAGAAGGCCUUUAAUCGGAGUUCCACCCUCCUUAAACACCAGAGAAUACAUACUGGUGAGAAGCCAUUUCAAUGUCAUGAUUGUGGGAAGGCCUUUAAUCAGAAUUCCCACCUCCUUCAAUACCAGAGAAUUCAUACUGGUGAGAAGCCAUUUCAAUGUCAUGAUUGUGGGAAGGCCUUUAAUCAGAAUUCCCACCUCCUUCAACAUCAGAGAAUUCAUACUGGUGAGAAGCCAUUUCAAUGUCAUGAUUGUGGGAAGGCCUUUAAUCAGAGUUCUCACCUCUUUCAACACCAAAGAAUUCAUACUAAUGAGAGGCCAUUUAAAUGUAAUGAUUGUGGAAAGGCCUUUAAUCAGAGUUUCCACCUCCUUCAACACCAGAGAAUUCAUACUGCUGAGAAGCCAUUUCAAUGUCAUGAUUGUGGGAAAGUCUUCAGUCAUAGGUCAAAACUUAUUAUACCUCAGAGAAUUCAUACUGGUGAGAAGCCAUUUAAAUGUCAUGAUUGUGGGAAGGCCUUUAAUCGGAUUUCCAACCUCCUUAAACACCAGAGAAUUCAUACUAGUGAGAAGCCAUUUAAAUGUAAUGAUUUUGGAAAGGCCUUUAAUCAGAGUUCAAAUUUAAUUGUCCAUCAGAGAAUUCAUAAUGGAAACCUUAUUAAAAAAUCAUGAAUGUGGUAAAGAUUUCAAUAAGAGAACAAACUUCCUGGUACAUCAGAGAAUUCACAUUGGUGAGGAACCUUAUAAAUGUGAAGGCUGUGAGAAAGUACUCAGUUUUCAGUCAUAUUUUCUUGACCGUCAGAGGGCCCGUAUUAGUGAGAAACUUUAGUUAUGUGAUGAAUAUGCCAAAGGGCCCUGUAAGCAUCUAGUACUCAUUGAUCAUCUGAUCAUGUUAGAUAUAAACCUUUUCCGUACGCUUCUUCUGAGAAUGUUUUGGUACAAAAUACAAAAUUUUCUACAUUAGAAAACUCAUUCUGAAAAAACAAAACAAAACAUUAGGUCCACAAGUUUCAUUUGGCUGGAUGUUUAUCAUGAAAUGUGUUUCUGUGUAGUAGCGCAAUAAUGAAUUCAAUUUUUUAUUUCAUUCUUUACCUCAUUUUUGACAAUCAAAUUCAAACCAUUUAUAUUUAUUAUUUUUAUAAAUAUAUUUUCUCCUCUCAGUUAUUCCUAGUUUUACAUGGGAUUGAUAUUUAUCUUUACAU